UCGUUCACCGAAUGCCAGACAUUGAGUGAUAGUGAGCGCGAACUGGAGGACGGCAUCCGACGCUUUAUAUUCACUAAAAGCGACAAAAGCUAUGAAUCGCUGAUGAGUUCGUUUCGGUCGCAGAUCUCAGUUAUCAACGAAAGCAGUCAUCAGUCAAUCGUCUGGACGGAUGUCCUUCACUCGACCUUCAGGAGCGACGACUCGAACAUCCAGUGCUCCGUUUGGAUCACUUUCUACGAGAUAUACAACGAAACGAUCUAUGAUUUGCUGGACUUAGAGGUGACGGGAGAGAGAAAGUCAAAGAUUAUGCUCUUGAAGGACGAGUCGGACAACUACUACAUCAAAGGCUUGAGACAGAUCUGCGUGUCCUCUGCAGAGGAGGCCUACAAAGUGCUGCUCUUCGGACAAAACAAUCUUCACAUCUCAUCCACUAAUCUGAAUAAGAAUUCGAGUCGAAGUCACUGUGCGUUCACCAUCUCAUUGGUGACCACUUUUCGCAAUCAAUUCACUAAGAGAUCAGCCGUUGUUCUCAAUCACCUAUCGAUCUGUGAUUUGGCGGGCGCUGAGAGGAGUGAAAAGGCGAACAAUAGCGGGGAAUAUGGGGAACGGGCCACUCGUGUGAAGGAGGCCGGGAAGAUAAACGGAUCGCUUCUGUCGCUCAGUCGUGUCAUCACAGCCCUCAGACACAACCAGAGGUUUGAUCACGAUCCCUCUAAGAAGCGAUUCGUAAACUUCCGCGACUCGAAGCUCACGAAAGUGUUUCAGCCAUACCUGUGCGGCAGUGGAAUGGCAGCCAUGAUAUCCAAUAUGAAUCCGACGCCCAAUCUGUUCGAUGAAACGCUGUUCGCACUGAAGUUCACAGGCGUUGUCGCACAGGUAGUCGUCAGCUAUGAGGAGCAACGCAACAAAUUCCAGGAUUCGCUCAAAAGACUGACACAGAUGUGG